AUGGAUCUGCCUGCGGCUCCGACGCCACCUGUCAAUACCAGCGGCAUGCCCUCCAACGCCGACCGCACCGCCAACCUGCUCAACCUGCUCAAGUUUAGCAGCUCCGGCGCCUCGGCUCCCAGCUCUCAGCAGCAACAUCAGCAGCAUCAGUCGCCCCCCCAUCAGCACCACCCCAUGCAUCACGGGGACAAUCAGCAGCAGCACCACCAUGCUCGCCGCCCCAGCUUCGGCCAUGGCCAGUAUCCCGCUGCUCGAAUCCAUCAGCCUGCUCCCACGGGUGCCGAUCCCACGGGUCUGCUCGCCGCCCUUAUGAAAGGCGCCCACGAGUCCGAGGAGCCCCGGCAGGCCCCUCAGCCCUCCACCGCCCAUCUUCAGCCGUCCAACUCGUUUGCCGCCGGCUCCCCUUCUGCCGAUACGAGAUCCUAUCUUCUCAACCUCCUCAAUCGCCCCAAGCCCAGCCAGACCGACCAACCCAUCAUGGCCGAGUCGUCGCGCUCCAACGACCCCACGCCGCAGUCUCACGACGACGCGGCCGAUACCAAUCGCUACUAUGGCCAGUACCAGCAGCCGCCCAACGCCUACCAGCCGGCGCAACCUUACCAGCCGCACCCGAGCCAGUCCGAGUCCUUUAGCGAUGUUCAACAUCCGGCUUCCAAUGUCAGCUCCUUUUCCUUUCCCCAGACGCAGGAGUCGGCCGACGUCUCUGCUCUGUACCACCACGUCUUUGGCAAGAUGCAGCAGUCUUCGCCCCAGCAUCAUGAUGCCGACGCCGCCGCUGGCGCCGCUCCCUUCCACAUCCUCAAGAAGGACCAGCCCUCGCCCGCGGGCUCCAACUCGCGCGAGCAGCCUCGCCCCGGCAGCGAGCGAAGCACUCUGGCAAGCCCUCCGGAACAUGGCCGGCGCGCCGUCGACCGCUCCUCGUCUCUGCACUCUCACCAGUCCGUGCAGCAGCCCCCGAAACAGACGCCUCAGACGUCUGAAUUUGAUAGCUUCAGUCCCGCUGGCAACAAAAAUCAGUCUGUUGCAGACUCGGCUGGGGACAUGCCGGCCAAGGAGGACCCGGAUUCCCACGAGAACCUGGACAGGGCCGCCGCGCGCGACACAGAGCAGCCGGUGAUUGCCGAAGCCUCUGAUUCGGAAUGGACCACGGGCCCUCGUAAAGCCACUGUUUGGCCCUCGGGCCCCGAGGCCACUGCCUGGACCGACGACGAGCAGAGCAAGGACGAAGUGAAAAGAGACCUUGACGAUGACCCGGCUGUUGGACCCUCCGAGUCGUCCCACGGCCACGUUGACCAGGAACCCGAUCCUGUCCCGGCCGAGAAUCCCCAGGCUGUUGUUGACAGCUGGGAAAGUGCCGACCAGGAGGAGAUUGUGGUCAUUGAAGAAAAGGAACAUACGCCGGUUCGCGUCUUCAACUUCCCCGUGAAACCCUGGAUCUCCAUCACUCUUCAAGACGACAGCACCGAGCCCCGGCCCCUUCUCCGCGACGAGUGCAUCAUGGACAUUGCUCGCCUCAAGAAGGACUUUGACCAGAUUGACCGCAACCUUUACACCGCCUCGCAGACGUACAUGACGUACGGGAUGUCCAAGCAGGGCGGUCUGCGCGUUAUCCGCCAGGACGACGGCAAGGACGCAAAGGUCUUUACCGACACAAAGGACCGCAUCUUUAACGUUGCCAUGUCCGUCGCCCCUGACGACAGUGAAGGCGUGCAUAGGGAGGCCAUCAUUGGCACCGGCGUCAGCGGUACCGUAUAUUGGGUCCAGAUCAAAGAGGGCGAAAAGGACCACAUUGAGGAUACCCACCUGGAGCAGUAUGGCUUCGCUCUUCCUCCCAUGUCCUCUCAGGAUGGCGACACGCCCGGCGGCGUUCUCAAGACGAGGGCCCGGGCUUCGACCAUGCACCCCGAGUACUUCGCUGUCGGCCGCGGAAAGACCAUAAACUUCAUCUGGCCGUCCUACAUCAUGCACAACAAGCUAUUCAAGACGGGUCACGACCGCGUGGUCGACACGGACAACCUGCUGAAGCAGUGCUCGCUCAAGAUCAAUACUGGCAAGGCCGGCAAGGACUUCACCUUUAGCCAAGACGACACUGUCGUCGUCUCUCUCGACAAGUCGGGCCGGAUCAAGUUCUGGGACGUCCGAGACCUGACGGCCGCCAAGGAGGGCUCUGAUCCUCGCGCUCCCAUGCCGGCGCAGACGUCGCUGGAGAUCAAGGAGCCUCUGCUGACCCUGUCGAGCACGCGCGAGGGAGAAAAGGCCUGGCCUACCUCGGUAAUGCUCCUCGACAAGCAGCGCCCUUUCCAGAAACGGUGCGCCCUCCGCUAUAUGAUUGUCGGCAUGAAGCAAAACCACACUCUGCAGCUGUGGGACCUCGCGCUCGAAAAACUGGUCCAGGAGUUCAACCUCCCCCACAGCAAGGAAUCAGACGCCGUGUGCAGCGUCAUGUAUCACCCGACCAGCGGCAUGAUCAUCAUAGGUCAUCCGACGCGCAACUCGGUCUACUUUGCUCAUCUGUCGGCCCCCAAGUACACCCUCAAGGGCGUGUCUCAGGCCGAGUACAUCCAGCGCCUCGUCGCUCAGGACUCGUCGAUCCCGCAGCCGGAUAGUACCGCCGUGAUCAGCGGAGUCCGAGAGUAUUCGUUUGCGAACCGCGGUGUUAUCCGAAGCCUGGACAUUCUAUGCAGUCCCGCCAUGGCUCAGGACACCGACGAGCCGCCCCUGUUUGAGCUGUACGCGAUGCACUCCAAGGGCGUGGCGUGCUUGUUGAUCAGGCAGUACGAGCUGGGAUGGUCCAAGGACAACAAGGUUCUGGACGCCGUCGAUGCCGUCAAGGAGGGUGUUGUGACCGUCUCCAAGCUCAAGUCGCCGCAGCCGCCCGAAGCGGGCAGCGCCCGCGAUCACGGACAGAUCCGCAUCGCGAAUCGCGGUGCCGGCAAGGAGCCCCUCUCGCAGUCCACGCCUGCUCAGAGCGACUCAACCCAGCGGCCACCCGAGACGGCCGCGCCCGCCAAGCCCAAGACCGACGUCAAGGAGCUGGAGACGCCGGCGCAGUCGUCCAAGGAGAGCCAGGCCGAAAAGCCUGAGCGCAAGCCUCGCAAGAAGAAGGGUGCGUCGAGCAAGGAGCCAGAGCCCACGGCCAACGGAACGUCCAACCCGCCCCGAGUCGCGCCGACCAGUAGCAAGACCGAGCCUGCCAAGUCUUCGGGCACCGCGGCCACAAACGGCAUACCGUCCGGCAUGGUCGAUGCUGCCAUUGCCGGCAUGGAAGCACGGCUGACGGCCUCAAUGUCCGAGACGCUCAAGUCAUCGCUCAGGAACCUGCAGGGCAAGAUUGACGAGGGCGCUCGCAUCCGUGACAGCAACUUCAACCAGCAGCAGGUCAACCUUCUCAACAUGGUGUCCGAGGUUCUCAACGAGAACACUCAAAAGGUGCUCGAGUCCUUGAUCCACCAUCAGUUUGCGGAGCUCGUCGUCCCUACCAUCGGUGAACACGCGGGCAGGGCCGUCAAGGAUCUUCUCCAGCACGAGCUGCAGCCGAGCGUUGCUUCCUCGGUCCAGAAGGAGAUUCAGAGCAUGCUGCCUCACGCGCUCAACCGCUCGCUGCGCUCGGCCGACUUUGUCAACGCCAUCUCCGACCGGGUUGGAUCCGCGGUCGCUUCGAGCAUGCAGCAAGACGUUGUCGCCCCGCUUACGCAGAGGCUGUCGUCGACUUUCUCGACCAUGGCCAACCAAUCCGCCCAGCGCGUCGCUAACGAGCUUCAUCUGAAGCACCAGGAGCAAUUUGAGCAUAUGGAGGCCCAGCAUGCUGCCGACGCCAGCAAGAUCGACCAGCUCCUGGCACACGUGAGCCAGCUGACGGACACGGUGUCGAGCCUGGCGGCGUCGCAGUCGUCGCUGCAGGCGGAAAUUAUGAAGCUCAAGCAGCAGCCCGUUCACGAGCUCCCCGGAGCCUCCGGCGUCCCGGCGUCCCAGAGCGGGAGCGGCGCCCCCUACGGCAUGAAUCCCCCAGGGUACGGCUCCAACACGAUGGCCGGCAGCAACCCGCCGAGCCACCACGGCAGCUUCGCCGCUAGCCAGGGCCCUCUCGGCCCGGCACAGCCCUACAUGAACAGCCCCCAGUAUAUGCGCGGUUCUCAGCCCGUGGCUGGCUCCCACGGGACCGCUGGCCCCUCGGAAUAUGCAGGUCCCACCGGCGUCGGCGCUCUGGCCGGUGCCUUUGCCAACUCGAUGAGCAAGAGCGAAGCCGAGGAGGCCGUUGUCCAGUGGAUCCAGAGCGGCUACGAAAAAGAGAUUUUCAGGCGAUCCCUCGGGGCCUACCAGCCUAGCCGAUUCGACACCCUGUCCCCCAUCCUGCUCCUUGUGAUUAUCGCCACGAUCUCCAAGGACCUGAAGCCAAACCAGCUGCUCAAGCAGGAGAUUGACUGGAUCGAAAUGGCCGUGCGAGCCUUUGGAGACAGCUUGCCCAACUGCGACUGGGAGGGAGAGGGCAUGGGAGAGGUGAUGCAGAGCGCGUCGCAGACCAUGAAGCUCCUCGUGAAUCGACUGACGCCGCUCUUGGCUAGCUACCGCGACGGCUACCCGCUCGAUCCGUUCCUCGCCAAGGUGGACAAGGGCAAGAUUGAGUGGAUCGUGCGAUCGUCGGAGCACAUGCUCGAGUCUUUUGGGGGCGCGCACCGCUACGACUAG